AUGGAUUCGACUUCGGAAAGUAGGACCAGUAGGAAAUCGAAUGUUUCCGAGGUUGCCGAGUUGAAUUCAGGAAGUAAGGAUGACAACGAGAACGUGAAAGAUGGCGGACUAGAAAAAGAUACGACGAGUGCCACCGAUGUUCCUCCGACGCUUGUCCGAAGGCCACCAAUCGUCAACCGGUAUGAUGUUGAAACGGAAAGUGAAAGUUAUAGCACGGAGUCUAAGACCGUUGACACGGAAGAUGAAUUGAUUGAAAGAUUUGAACAUUUUGAGUGGGGCAAGGGGAGUGGUCCCACUCUGACUAUUGGACCACCGGAUUCUGAAAGCGAAACCGACACAGAAUACGGGCCACCGUUAUCUGUCAUACACGAAGUUGAUGAAGAUAAUCUCACCGAAACAAACAGUCGCACCUCACAAGAUAGAACAAGUGAUGAUGAAGCCACUCUUUCUAAUAAACAACUAACUUCUCUCCCGGAUGACCAUUCUAGGAACUCGAAUCUAACUGGGAGUUGGAGCCGAACCAUUACGUCCGAUGACGAGGGUUUCCGAACUGAAGACGAUGUUUUAGAUCUCCUUGAUGGCGAGGAUGAGUCUAUGAUUGGUGGGCCUACGGUUGACAAUACAACAUCUACGACAAAGAAAGGACAAAGUGCGAGUACAUCUAGGGUCGAUAAGGGUAAUUUUAGAACUACGAGUGAUAAUCGAAAUGACACCGAUUAUAGGACAAUUGGUAGUAACGAUGAACAAACUAUGGAUAAUGCUGAGAUUUUGAGGGAUAGAAGUGUUCAGAAAGAUAAAAUUGAUGGGGUUACCCAGGAAAAUGAGACAGACUUAGAUUCCGUAAAUCUCACGGAAAAGGCAAGCGGCAAUACACAGGUAAGAUCUGAUGAUAAUAGUUCUAAGGGUGAGGAAGUUACUGUCAACUGUCACAAUCAAGACGACACAGAACCUAAUUCCGAUGGAAAUAAGACAGAAGACGAAGAGUCGACUGAAAAUAUUAGCGAGUCAAGUUGUCCCACAAGAGCGUCUUUAAGAUCAGAUAGUUCUCUUUCUGAAGAACCUCCUGCAGCUGAAAACGCUUUAGAGGCCAUCAUAGCUACGCUAUCCUUGCCCGAUAACUGCCGGGGCACGGUGCAGACUGGAAGCGAUGGUAACGAAAACAUUCCGAGUGGUUCCGAACGAACGUCCGAAGUCGUUUCUGCUGAGAACAGAUCUGACUCGGAAGGGAGCGAGGUUGCUUCGGAACAAGUUCGUUACUACAUCGCGUUGUAUAGAUAUGACCCGAUGACUAUGUCGCCGAAUGUGGACGGAGCUGACGAAGAAUUGCCAUUCAAUGAAGGAGACAUUAUCAGGGUGAUUGGUGAUGUGGACGAUGAUGGUUUUCUCUGGGGUGAAUGUAAACUCAAGCAAGGAUUGGUUCCAUCAAAUAUGGUCUCCGAAGUCGAUAUCAACGAAGCAGAAGACUUGUUUAACGAAGAUACCAAUGACGUCAGAUUGCAAAAUGAGCUGAAUUCACAUGACCAAGUCAAUGGGGAACUGGACGUCGAUAUUAUUUCGCAGAAUCUUGGAGAGACUGGAAAUAGUGGUGACAGGUUGUCGUUUUGGGAGAAUUUGGAAAGUGAUGAUUUGCGACCAAGAAAGAUGAAAGCUCUGUAUGAUUAUGAUCCAUUGAGCGAUUCUCCUAACGUCGACAGUGAGGUUGAAUUGAAGUUCAAGUCCGGGGAGAUUAUUUUCGUUUUUGGUGAGAUCCACGACGACGGUUUCUUCGAUGGCGAAUUAAAUGGUAUUCGAGGUCUUGUUCCCUCAAAUUUCUUGAAGCCCGUUGAAGAGAUAAACCAUGUUGAAUUGCUUGCAAAUGAAAAAACCUCAGAUUCGAAGACAAAAUCACCCUCAAAUGCACAGGAACAGUCACUGAACAACCUCAACCAUAGUCCCACUGAAGAUGGCGGAAUUCCUCACAAGAAAAGGAAGAAUAUUUUCUCCAAGGGAAGGAAAAUGUUUAAGAAAGCUUUCAAGUAGAAAAAGUCACAGGAUAUACUUCCGUUAGUAAAGUGUGCGCGUAUAAAUGGUGUAGUCAAUUGAAAGAGACCAAAUUGCUGUUAGAGAAGGUUUUAAAACGUAUAUUUUAAUCAAAGUAUAACGGGUGAGCGAAGUAACCUCGAUACUUUUUAAUGUGUUUUUUAACUAGUUGUUAUAUACUGCUUCUUACGUUCCCUGCAAAAAUCUAUAGCAAUUAUACUUAGAAAACAUAUAAAAACGUUCUGGAAACUGGAUUCAUCGCUAAGUAUAGCUAAUAUUUAUGGCAAAAAUACAAGUUGGUGGCAUAUAACAAUAUGGCAACUAAUAUUGAAUGUAUUCUUUAAAUUAUCAGAAUUUUACCCGUAGUAUAGACCUGUUUAAACCCAGCACGCCUUAUUCAAACCUCCGAGCCCUCGUUAAACUACAAAUCACUUUUAGCUUUCGUAUAUAUAUUUAAUGCCAGGUUUAAGUUAUGUAAAUAACAACUGUACAGAUAGUGUACAAAGAAAUGCUAAUCUGACAACUUCACCACGUAAAUUACUUCAUAAACUAGCGUACUUUCAAAAUAUAUCAGAAAAUCGUUUAGCCAACGCCACUACGGCCAAAUUAUGCGAUGUUCUCCGAGAUUUUUC